GGUACUGUUGUAGAAGGGACUAUACAGAAAUUGUUUGAAGGUCACCAUAUGAACUACAUAGAGUGCAUCAAUGUUGACUUCAAGUCAUCAAGAAAAGAAUCUUUUUAUGACCUUCAACUCGAUGUAAAAGGUUGCAAGAAUGUCUAUGAGUCCUUUGACAAAUAUGUGGAGGUCGAGCGUCUUGAAGGAGAUAACAAAUACCAUGCUGAAGAACAUGGUUUGCAGGAUGCGAAGAAGGGUGUUUUGUUCAUGGACUUUCCUCCAGUUCUUCAGCUUCAGUUGAAGCGCUUUGAGUAUGAUUUUAUGAGGGACACAAUGGUUAAGAUAAAUGACCGAUAUGAAUUUCCGUUGGAACUUGAUCUGGAUAGGGACAACGGAAAGUAUUUGUCGCCAGAAGCAGAUAGAAGCAUACGGAACCUCUAUAUGCUUCACAGUGUUUUAGUGCAUAGCGGUGGGGUGCAUGGCGGCCAUUAUUAUGCUUUUAUCAGGCCAACACUUUCCGAUCAGUGGUACAAAUUUGAUGAUGAGAGGGUCACCAAAGAAGAUGUGAAGAGAGCAUUGGAGGAGCAGUAUGGUGGUGAAGAAGAGUUGCCACAAACGAAUCCAGGGUACAAUAAUACUCCGUUCAAAUUUACAAAGUACUCAAAUGCAUACAUGCUUGUGUAUAUAAGAGUGAGUGACAAAGAUAAGAUAAUAUGCAACGUGGAUGAGAAGGAUAUAGCAGAACAUCUAAGGAUAAGACUGAAAAGGGAACAAGAAGAGAAGGAAGACAAGAGAAGAUACAAAGCACAGGCCCACCUUUACACUAUUAUCAAGGUUGCUCGAGAUGAGGAUUUGAAGGAGCAGAUUGGAAAGGACAUAUAUUUUGAUCUUGUUGAUCAUGAUAAAGUCCGUAGCUUUAGAAUCCAGAAGCAGAUGCCUUUCAACCAAUUUAAGGAAGAAGUUGCCAAAGAAUUUGGUAUACCGGUUCAAUUUCAACGCUUCUGGAUAUGGGCAAAAAGACAGAACCAUACGUACCGUCCAAACCGUCCGUUGACACCUCAGGAGGAAGCACAAAGUGUUGGAGCAUUAAGGGAAGUUUCCAAUAAGGCCCAUAAUGCAGAACUGAAGUUGUUUUUAGAAGUAGAGUUUGGAUUGGAUUCACUCCCUGUUCCUCCACCAGAAAAAAAUAAGGACGACUUACUGCUAUUCUUUAAGCUUUAUGAUCCUGAAAAAGAAGAGCUUAGAUAUGUGGGUAAGCUUUUUGUGAAGAGCUCCGGAAAACCUAUUGAGAUACUAGGGAAGUUAAAUGAAAUGGCUGGAUUUCCUUCGGAUGAAGAGAUUGAACUAUUUGAGGAAAUAAAAUUUGAACCUUCUGUUAUGUGUGAACGACUUGAUAGAAGAGCUUCAUUCCGAUUUAGUCAGAUCGAAGAUGGGGAUAUAGUCUGCUUCCAGAGACGCCCUCCAGCUGAUCGCGCAGAAGAAUUCCGAUUUCCUGAUGUUCCUUCAUUCUUGGAGUAUGUGAAAAAUCGUCAGAUUGUGCACUUUAGAGCCUUGGAGAAACCCAAGGAAGAUGAAUUUUGCCUAGAAUUAUCAAAGAGUCACACUUAUGAUGAUGUUGUUGAAAGAGUUGCCCAGCGCCUUGACUUGGAUGAUCCAUCUAAAAUUCGGCUGACUCCACACAAUUGCUAUUCACAGCAACCAAAGCCGAAUCCGAUUAAGUAUAGAUCAGUUGAUCAUUUAAUAGACAUGCUUGUCCAUUACAAUCAGAUUUCGGACAUCCUGUACUAUGAAGUGCUGGACAUUCCCCUUCCAGAAUUGCAGUGUCUGAAAACUCUCAAAGUCGCUUUCCAUCAUGCGACCAAGGAUGAGGCUGUAAUUCUCAAUAUUCGAUUGCCAAAGCAAAGCACUGUUGGAGAUGUCCUCAAUGAGAUCAAAACAAAGGUGGAACUAUCUCAUCCAAAUGCUGAGCUUAGGUUGCUUGAAGUUUUCUAUCACAAGAUAUACAAGAUUUUCCCCAUCAAUGAGAAGAUUGAGAACAUAAAUGACCAGUACUGGACUUUGCGUGCUGAAGAGAUUCCAGAAGAAGAAAAGAAUCUUGGGCCCAACGACCGGUUGAUUCAUGUCUACCAUUUCACUAAGGAGGUCGCGCAGAAUCAAGUGCAAGUCCAGAAUUUUGGGGAGCCGUUCUUUCUGGUCAUACAUGAAGGUGAGACAUUAGGUGACGUUAAAGUACGUAUUCAGAAGAAACUGCAGGUUCCAGAUGAGGAAUUUUCCAGGUGGAAGUUUGCGUUUCUGUCACUGGGACGUCCUGAGUAUCUUGAGGAUUCUGAUGUUGUCUCUAGUCGUUUUCAGAGAAGAGAUGUCUAUGGUGCUUGGGAGCAAUACUUGGGGCUAGAACAUUCUGAUACUGCUCCCAAAAGGUCAUAUUUAGCCAACCAGAACCGGCAUACAUUUGAGAAGCCGGUGAAAAUAUACAAUUAG